ACAUUCAACCAUGGAUGAGAUGGGGUUAUUAUAUUUCUCCCAUGAUGUAUGGACAGAAUGCCAUAGCCAUGAAUGAAUUUCUGGAUAAAAGAUGGAGCACGCCAAAUUCCGACCCUAGGUUUCCUGAACCUACUGUUGGAAAGGUUAUUCUUAAAGCCAGGGGGAUGUUUGUGGAUGACUACAUGUAUUGGGUUUGUGUGAUCGCACUCUUUGGAUUUUCUGUGCUCUUCAAUAUCUGCUUUAUAGCGGCUCUGGCCUACUUGAAUCCUUUGGGAGAUUCUAAAUCUGUUAUUAUGAAUGAUGAUGAUGAAGUGAAAAAAAAGAAGCGACCACUCUCCAAUGGGAAGAAACAGUCCACUGAUAGGAGUAUCAACAUGGGAGUGAGAAAUACUCCAGAUAAUGACAACUUAGAUGUCAAAGACAUUGCAACUAGAAAAAGAGGAAUGGAAAUGAAAAGCCGCGGCAUAGAGGAGGCUCGUCUCCAACUGUUACAAGACGUCAGUGGUGCUUUUAGGCCAGGUGUUCUAACUGCAUUGGUUGGUGUGAUUGGUGCUAGAAAGACCACCUUGAUGGAUGUGCUAGCAGGAAGGAAGACAGGUGGCUAUAUCGAAGGAUGUAUCUGCAUUUCUGGCUUUCCGAAGAAUCAAGCAACUUUUGCUCGUAUUAGCAGUUAUUAUGAACAGAAUGAUAUCCAUUCUCCGCAUGUCACUGUACAUGAGUCCAUUGGGUACUCUGCCUGGUUGCGCCUGGCUCCGGAUGUCAAUAAGGAAACACGAAAGGGAAUCAAGAAGAUUGCAUCAAUUCUACAUGCUUGGCUUUGGGAGGAAAGAGAGACCAGAUUGCUUGAAGAUUGCAUCAAUUUCAACAAGCUUGCAGUAUAGAAAAUUUUCAAGUAAUAUGUUGGUUAGCUUGUUUAUGGCUACCUUUGGUAACAGUGGACACCUGGGUACUAUAUGAACCCACUGUAAUUCUUGCAACCCUUUAAUGUAAUUUGUGUUUUUGUUGUUUCGAAAGCUGGUGUAAUGAAUAAUUGCUCAAUUGAAUGAAUUUGGUUAAUUACAUUGGCAACAUUGAAGUUUUAGAUUA